AUGGCCCUGGACGACAACUUCGACUUCCAGUUCAAGGUCAUUAUCAUCGGGGACUCUGGCGUGGGCAAGACAUGCGUGUUGCAGCACUUCGCCACCGGGGUCUACAGCGCAGCGCAGCAGAGCACCAUCAGCGUGGACUUCAUCUUGCGUUCCCUGGACAUAGACGGCAAGAAAGUGAAGAUGCAGCUGUGGGACACCGCAGGCCAGGAGAGCUACGGGGCCAUCACGCGGAGUUACUACCGCAGGGUGGACGCGGCCAUCAUAGCCUACGACGUCACGAGGCGCUCCUCCUUCGAGUCUGUUCCACACUGGAUUGACGAGGUGAAGGAGUACGGAGCCACCGACACGGUCAUCAUGCUGAUGGGGACCAAGUCUGACCAGUGGGAGAGGCGGCAGGUGCUGUUCGAGCAAGCCUGCGCAAUGGCGGAGAAGCACGGCCUCCUGGUGGCGCUCGAGACCUCGGCCAAGGAGUCCAGGAACAUCAACGAGGCCUUCGAGCUCUCGGCCAAGCCACUGAUCGCCCGCAACAGCCUGCCCGCCCUGAGCAGCGUCAACCACUCCACAGCCAUCGUGCUGGCCCCCUGCUCCCAGGGCUCCCAGGGUGAGGGGAAGCAGACCGUGUGCGCGCCCACUGAGUCCAGCAGCCCUGGGGGGUCCACGUCCAGCUCUGUCUGCACCCGGCACCGGUAUCCUUGA